CCCCCACCGCAGUCGCACUCCGAGCCCGCCAAUAUGAGGAUUGAGACGUGCUAUUUCUGCUCCCAGCCAGUUUAUCCGUCUAAGGGCAUAACCUUUGUGCGCAAUGACGCUCACAAGUUCGUCUUCUGCCGGUCGAAAUGCCACAGGAACUUCAAGAUGAAGCGCAACCCCCGCAAACUUGCUUGGACCAAGAGCUUCCGCCGCGCUCAUGGCAAAGAGCUGACCGUCGAUUCUACGCUCUCCUUCGCCGCCCGCCGGAACGUCCCUGUACGGUACAACCGCGACCUGGUUGCCACCACUCUCAAGGCCAUGCAACGCGUCUCUGAGAUACGAGCCCGACGUGAACGCGCAUUCUACAAGCAGCGGAUGAAGGGCAACAAGGAGCGACAACGACAAGCGGACCGAAAACUGGUUGAGGAGAACCAACACUUGCUGCCCCCAAGUGAGCGGACUGUGGUUGAAGUCGAGGACGGGAAGGUACAAGUUGCCGACGAGAUGGAGGUAGAGCUUGUCAAGGCUAGGGUCGAUGCUAGAAGGAAAGAGUUGGAGAUGGAUGUUGAGGAGAGCGAGAUUGACGAAGCACAAGAGGUGCCGAAGAUCAAGACGAAGAGGAAGCUGCGAAUUGCAAGAGGCGGCAAAGUUGAGGCCAUGGAUGUGGAUUGAAACGUCAUGGCUGGGACUCUCUGACGUGGAAUCGUUUGCAAGCUGCUUUGGCGUUAUGGCGACGAGGCAGUCAGGCGUUGAGGUUCUUUUGGUUUAUGGGCCGAAAACGACCCAUAGCGGUGUCGACUAAAAGGUGGUAGUGAGCUGUUUCGCAACAGCCCAGGAUCGCAUACUAAUUCACCCACACAAUCAUCAAAUGUUAGGAC